AUGAGCAAUUUUGGAGCUAACCCAAAUGAUGAGCUUUCCUUCUACAAGAUUGUUUUGGAUCCUCAGAUGGAAGAACUGAGAAUUCCAUCGAGUCUUGUGAAGCGUAUAAAGGAAGAAGCAAUGGGAGAAGUGUUGCUAAAAGGUCGUGGUGGUGACAAGUGUUGGAACAUAAAAAUACGAGAGGAUGGAAAUGCGAUGUUCUUCAAUUGUGGUUGGAAGGAAUUUGUGUUGGAGAAUCAUGUUGAAAUGGCUGAACUGUUAUUUUUCAAUUACGAUGGAAUGAAAACGUUUACUGUACGCAUUUUCAACAAGAUCGGAUGCGAGAAAUGA